AUGAUUAUCCCGUUUUACUACCAAGUCGUAAAGUCACUCGAAGUGAUUUCCGGAAAACCGGUAAAUCAUCCGGCGACUUCGGAUCUGAAAUGCCUCAGGAACACCAUCCACACGAACCUGAUGUGCGCGUACGGUUUCGUCUACACCUUAUGGAUUCUGACGUUAAUCUUCGAGCUGAACUUCGAAAGUCACAUCGCCUGCGUGAUUCUGAUCAUCCUGCUGCACUAUUUCCAUCUGACGACGUUCUUCUGGAUGUUUGUCGAAGGUCUCUAUCUCUAUAUACUCGUUGUGGAAACGCUCACCAGGGAGAACUUCAAGCUGCGCGUGUACUCCUUCAUAGGAUGGG